GGGCCGCCUCCAUCUGUGCGUCAGCUCCCACCUUGGGGGCUGCACCCAGGGACGGCUCCCCCCGCGGCCCCUGCCCACCGCUGGGGACAUCCCCUGCAGGCAGGGACACCGCAGCCCCCGCAGCCGAUGGGGCUGUGGCCUGGGGCCGUGUUCCACGCGCAGCCCCCGCAGCCCGCAGGCGGCUGCCCGCUGCAGGACCCCCAUCGCCGCGUCCUUCCGCCGGCACCUCCAGCGCAGCAGCAGGGGCUCCCCGCGCCCUGCACCCUGCCCGCCAGCUGGCAGCAGGCGCCGGGGCCCUUUGCAGAUGCCGUGGUGCUCACGGAGGGCCAGGGGCACCCGGCGCCCACCCACGCGUGCCCCCAACCCACCGCGGCUCCGCUCGGCUGCAGCGGCGCGGCGCUGGACUCAGGUGCGGCGACAGCGAGCGCAGACGUGGCGGAGGACGUUGCUGAUCUGCUCCCGUGGAUCAGCGAACUGACAUCCAACGCAGGCAUCCCGGUCGACACCUCGGAGAUCGACGAUGUGCUGGCGUGGCUCAGCAACGAAGGGACCCCCAGCUCAGCCGUUCCAGGGGACAAGGAGGACAUCGACAGUCUGCUCACCUGGAUCGCUGAAGCGUCGAGUUGCCCGGAGGUCCCCCAGCCGCCACUGCCAGCCGUCCCCAGCAGCCUCAGCACCUCUCCUGCCAUCGGAGCGGCCCCCGACCUUCUCACGAGCGGCAGGCAGCUCAGCAGAGAGGCGCAGGCUGUCGCCGGGCCCCUCGGGGAGCCGUGCUCAGGGCAGCCGGCAUCCUCUGAGUCUCGGCUCCGCGAGCACCUGAUGGAGGAGGCGCGGCAGAGGCAGCCCCGGGUGCUUCUCGCCCGCCUGGCGCUGCCGCCCGGCUGCACCUCCUGCCGCGUGCCGGACAGCCGCCGCCAGGGUGGCACCGAGCCGGCCGAGUGCCCGGCGCCCGCCCGCAGCGCCAGGAAAGGCAGGAGCAGAGGGCGCGAGCAGCGCAAGGACGGCGUCCCGGCCGGGAAGAGGAAGCCGCCCCCGGGCCAGGACGCUCCGCGGCAGAAACGGCGGCGCUAG